GCGCCAUGCAGUCCCGCCCCAUGGACCCCGUGGCCCGCCCGAGCGCCGCCGCUAGUCGCCCCGCGCCUGGGGCUGCGGUGUCUCCGUGCUCGCCGGCGCUGAAGCCGCCCGGCGGCGUGCCCGGCAGCAGGAGCCCAGCACUCGAUGUGCAGACGCUCUUGGCGGCGGCGGGAGGAGGGGCCCUGCUGCGUUGUGCGCUAGGCGUGGCCGAGGAGGACGAGGAUCGUGGAGGCGCAGACGUCCACACCGCGGCCGACUCCACACCAGCGAGGCGCCCAGAGCAGCAAGGCGCCCGCGCCGCCGGCAGCCCCCGCGCGCCCGUGCUGGCCGGCACCCGCGCAGCAGGGGCGAGCGCGGCCGCCACUGGUCGCGCGCCCUCAGGCGUGGGGCUGCUCGACCUCCCGAGCGACCUCCUCCAGACGGUCACGGACUGGCUGCCCACGUUCCACGAGCGGGUCCGUGCAAGCCGCGCCAGCAAGGCACUCCAGCAGCUCGACUGGCGGCGGGGUCCGCCGCGGCGGGCGGAGGAGGAGCUGAUCCGCAUGGGUCUGGGCGACCAAGGCGCCGCCGCGGUGGCCGUCGCGCUGGCCUCGCCGUGCAGCAGGGCGGCGAGGAGGAGCGCGCGCAUCGCGCGCUCGCGGCGGAACGCAGCCGUGGGCGCAGGCGCCUCUCGCUGCGCGACAAUCUCAUCGGCGACGCGGGGGCGGAGGCCCUGGCAGAGGCGCUGAGUCGCAACGCGACGAUUGAGGAGGUCGACCUCUGGGGCAACCAGAUCAGCGACGUUGGGAAGACGAUGCCGGUGGAUCCAACGCGCGGCGCGGUGUGACGCGUUCCUGGAGGCGCCCGGCGACGUCGGGCUUGUGCCCCAGGGUUUCGAGGUCAACAUGACGAUGCGAUCCAUCUUGUUCGAGUGGAUCUCGCAGGUGCACAGCGGUACGCAGAUGCCACCCGCGUCCAGGGACGUCUCGCCCGACCCGCAGGACAUGCUGUUCCGCACCUACCGCCACGUGGACGCCUACGUCUCGCGGCACCCGGUGCAACGCGCUGAGCUGCAGCUCGCAGGCGUGGCGUGCACCCUCUUGGCCAGCGGGUACGCCGCCGACCAGAAUUUGGAGGACGACCUGCAGCUCUCGUCAUGGCUCGGCCUGGUGACCGACAACACAUGCACCAUCGGAGACGUGAAGUCCAUGAUCGGCCAGGUCCAGGACGUGUUGGGCUUCCGACUCUGCUCCCCAACGGUCUACACGUUCCUCCGCAGGUUCCUGCGCAGGACCGGGUGGACCGAGGAGAGUUUCAGCCUCGCGAACUACCUCAUCGAGCUCGCGGCGCUGGAUUCUGCAUUUCUCGCGUUCAGGCCACAGGCCACCGCCGCCGCUGCUGCGGUGUUGAGCCGGCAGUAUGCCGCGCAAGGCGUCAGCGUGAAGCGGACACCUGGUUGGAAAGCGAAGUUGCUCCAGUACGCGGAGGUCGACCUCCAGACCGAGCUGGCACGGUGCAUCGCGACCAUGGCGAGCCUUCAUGCGUCCAAGCAGCCUGAGCUGAACAACUUCGUGAACAGGAAGUACUUGUGGAACACGCUGCACUCGGUCGCAAAGGUUAAGCCGAACAUGCCCGUAGAUGCAUCGUUCUACGUUGGGUACAUGACGGCGUGACUUUUUGUUUUUGUUUCCGAACGUGUUGGUUCCUGGCUCGAAUGAGACUAGCAGGACCAACCGCGCAUUUUUUUCUAAGCAGGCAGACCCUUCAUAAUGAUGAAUGCUAAAAGGCACUGCCUCCAUAUUCCGUAUUUCGAUUUUUUUGUGUUUGCGGCCGCUACCAGCAUUCUUAAAGGGAAUUCAUGCUGGAAGCUCUUUUUCGCAACUCGAUUCAUCACCCCAUACCCCCCCUCGGACGCUUGUGGUGUCAUCACCGCGUAGUGUUUUUGUUGUCAGGGCGCGCGGCGCCGAGUGUCCAUUUGAUGCUAUGCAUACUGCCGCUGCGCGGCACCUGUUAGGACGCGAGCAGCGCAUGCACGAUGGGAGCACUGAAAUGGAUCGCGCACGUUCGUUCCUCAUUCCGGCGCCCUGGAGUCCGCAUCCCGUCGCAUUCGAUCUUGGUAAUUUGUUUGCCAGCCAGCAUGCCAUUGGAUUGCCAACCCACUCUCGGAAGUUCACCAUCUGCGCACGACUACAAUAUCCCAGGCGUUGGGUCGUCGGAGA